AUGGCCAAAAAGAUUCUGUGGAAUGAUGUGGGAGUCGCCAAGGGUCCAACAUUCUUGUCGCCCGCAUUUGUGACCAGCGGCGAAAAUCUGGUGUUCACGUCAGGAUGUGUGGGAACAGAUCCUAAGACGCAAGAGCUUCCCGAAAGUUUGGAGCAGCAGACGAGAAACGCACUGGAAAACUUGAAAAUUGUGCUUGAAAAGAGCGGAUCGUCAGUUGACCAGGUGGUAAAAGUACUGCUGUUUGUUGCUGACGACUCUUAUGCAGGCGUCGUCAACCGGGUUUAUAGCGAAUUUUUCCCCAACAGUCCAGCUCGCUCGUGUAUCGUGGUCGGGUUUCCAAACAAAAGUUUGAAAAUGGAACUGGAAUGCAUUGCGGUGGCUGAAAAGCCCAAGAGAUGGUUCAAGUUGUGA